AUGACCUCCAAAAUAAAUCAUAUGAAUGAACAAUUUCCUUGUACAGAAAAGUACUCAGAGUUAAAAGAAGUUUUGAAACCGUGUGGUAAACUUCCGCCGACAAACGACAUAAAAUUGGAUCGAUCUUACUUUAAACGUAAAGUCCCAAUGAUAUUCGUCGGUGUUCAAUGUGAUAAACAUCUCAAGACAUCUUUAGAGAAGUUGAGACCAUUUUUCUGUCCAUUUAUCCGACUACCUAAAAUAUCUAAGACUUACCGCGAUCCAAAUGGAUCGUUGCGUAAAUUAAUGCUGGUUCAAAUGCCUGAACCUGAUAACAUCUUGCAGUUUAUAACUGAUUUGAAUCAGUGGAACGUUGAUUUACCUAAAGAUUACCCAAAUCUUCAACCAGUCGAUUUAUCUGUACCGAAGUUGCCCGAAUGCUUAGACAAUGUGAAAGCUGAAAAUUCAUUAAACGACGAAGCAUUUAAAAAAGUUAGUGUUAUAGAAGAAGAGAUAAACUUGUUGGAAAAUAUGGUCACCUCACCAUGUCUCGUGAAUAUAUCGGUCGGUUAUGAAAAUUUUACAUUCGAACAAGUUAUCAAGGAAUUGUUGCCUGAUUUCAUCUUGCCUAUUACUGGGUUUACUAUAAUUGGUCACGUUAUGCAAUUUAAUCUCAAAACUGAAGCAUUACCUUACCGUCAUAUUAUUGGUCAAGUUGCACUUGAUAAAAUACCAAAUAUUCGCACAGUUAUUCAUAAAGUUUCGAAUAUUGAAUCGGCUUAUCGUACUUUUGAAAUGGAAUUACUUGCUGGUGUUCCUGAUUAUAUCACAUCAAUGCGUGAAAACAAUAUAACAUUUCACUUGGAUAUUAGCAAAGUUUACUGUAAUCCGCGUUUGGGUACUGAGCAUACGCGAGUCGUUAACAGUUUGCGUCCACCCCUUCCAAAUAAUGAUCCAUUUCUUACACCGCGACCUAUUCCUGGAGAUCGUGUAGUUGUUUAUGAUGUAUUUGCUGGGAUUGGACCUUUCUCUAUUCCUGCUAGUCGAGCAGGAUGUCAUGUGUUGGCGAAUGAUCUCAAUCCUGAUUCGUUUAUUUGGCUUAAGAAAAAUGUUGCCCAAAACUCAUCGCGUAAACAUCCUUUGAAAAAUAUUAUCUGCUACAAUAUGGAUGGACGUGAAUUUAUUCGUGAAAUUCUUCUUCCGCACUACAGAAAAUAUGGAAGUUCUGACAAAAUUGAAUCAACUGAUUGUGAUUCCAUUUCAUCAUCAAUUGAUCGUUUUGUAGUUAUUAUGAAUCUUCCUCAAUUGGCUAUAGAUUUUUUAGAUGCAUUUGUACCACCAUUAAAUUGUAUAAAUUCAUCAAAUAUCAUUACUGAUAAUAAUAGUGAUAAUGUAACUGCUAAUCUAAAUGAUUCAUCUCCUAUCCAUCAAAAGUUCAUUAAACCUUUAUAUAUUUAUUGUUAUUGUUUUAUGAGACGUAAUAUUGAAUCAGAAGAAAAUAUAAAAAUACGUUUAGCUAAAGCAUUAAAUACAAAUAUUACUGAUUUAUUUCAAUUUGUUAAUUCAACACCAAAUAAUGAAACAGUUAAUAAUAACUUGAAUAUUGAACAAACGAAUGAUCAAUGUUUUAUAAUUAAUUGGCAUUAUCGUUUUGUACGUAAUGUUGCACCAUUUAAAGAUAUGUAUUGUGCUGAAUUUGAAUUAUAUUUACCAAAAUUAUGGUUAUUUUAUGAUUAUUCAAAUCCAACAGUAAAACGUUCUCGAACUACUGAGAAUGAACUAAUUGAGUAA